AUGGAGCACAGCCAAGCGAUCGUAUCGCCAGACGGACACAAGUCCGUUCCGCCCUGAUUCGGUGGCAUUCCCGAGGCCGCAGCUGACCCCACUGGCCUAUCUUAUCAUCCUACGCUUAUCGGGAGGGGUCUCCGAUGCCCUCGAAGUAGAUAUAGCCCCAGUCGGCGCCAUCGACGGCCAGGAUGUCUUGUGCUUCAUAUUUGGGCUCUUCAGCUGCUAGAGUCGCUGGCCUACUUGUCAACCAGGCAAUAUCCCAUUUCGUGCGGACCGGUUUUGCAUCUUCUCGUCGAGCCUUCCAAGUCUCUCAUAAUCGGGCCAUGUUGUCUACGGAGUUGACGGAGGCUGAGGUCUCGGCUCUCAGGGCCAAUAAAGAGCGUCUUGCGAAGGACCUUCAUCUCAGCUGUCAAUGGGGGUUUGGGAUUCGCUGGGGAGACGGGUCCACAGACACCGGUAUGCAGCGCCUGGCGCUAUCACAAGAGGACAAGCAAGUGCGGGACUGGUUCAUUGAAACAACGAAGGCAUUGAAAUGUGAAAUCACGGUGGAUGAGAUGGGAAACAUCUUCGCUGUUCGUCCUGGACGACGGACCGAUGUACCAGCCACCUUCAUUGGCAGCCACCUAGAUACUCAGCCGACGGGUGGUAGAUAUGACGGGAUCCUGGGCGUACUCUCCGGUAUCGAAACACUGAAAGUGUUGGAUGAGAUGGGGCUGGAGACUGAGGGUGGUGUGGGAGUUGUAAAUUGGACAAACGAAGAGGGUGCCAGAUUUCCCAUCAGCAUGGUGUCCUCCGGAGUCUGGGCGGAAUGCAUUCCCCUUUCCAAGGCACAUGAGCUCAAGGAGGUCCCAACUGUCGCUUCUCUCCCUACGGCGUCUUCCGCCCCAGAAUCCAUCAAGUCCGCACUGGAGAAGAUCAGCUACUUGGGAACUACCCCAUGCUCCUACAAGCAAACGCCAAUGGCAGCCCACUUCGAGCUGCAUAUCGAGCAGGGCCCUCACCUCGUUUCCGCGGGCCAGCAUGUCGGUGUUGUUACUGCGGUCCAGGCAUACCGCUGGUUUCGCCUGAACAUCAUCGGCAGGGAUACCCACACAGGUACGACUGCGUUCGAGCACCGCGCAGAUGCGCUAUAUGCUUUCGCUCGUAUGAUGGUGCGUGCACGCGAGGUAGCCUCCUCCCACGGCUGUCUGGCCAGCGUUGGAAUUGUGGAAGCGAAGCCCGGUAGCGUGAACACGGUUCCUGGUCUCGUCAGCUUCAGUCUCGACAUCCGGGGACCGGAAAGUGAGUUGGUCGAGGUUGUGGAACAGGAAUUGAGAAAGGAUUUCGACUCGAUUGCUGCAGAAGAGGGCAAGGGCAUUGGCAAGCCCUGCCGCGUGGAGUGGACUCUCGACUUCGAUUCACCGGCUGUGAAGUUUCACCCCGACUGCAUUAACUGCGUGCAACAAUCUGCGGAAGCCGUUGUCGCGGACAGCAAUGCUGUAGAGCCCAAGUCACUUAUUCGGACGAUCAUGAGUGGUGCGGGACACGACAGUGUGUUCACUUCUAAAAGAGUCCCAACCAGUAUGAUCUUUGUCCCGUGCAAAGAUGGGUUGAGCCAUCAUCCGGAGGAAUUCUGCUCUGCGGAUGAUUGCGCCACAGGUGCAUCGGUCAUCCUGCAAGCCGUGAUCCGCUAUGAUCGACAGAGGUUCUCCAAAUAAAUCUGGCAGUGGUACGUGCGCUCUGCUGUAUCUAGCCCUGUACAGGAGCUGGGCCAGAAAAGCACUGGAACAUAUGGCCGAUAAUACAGGCUAUGUAUUUACCCAGUUAGCUUAGCUACACUAUUACGAAAACUACAAAUCCAAAAUUGGUAUCAUG